UGCAACAUCGACUCUUGGAAAAAUGGUAUUAGAUUCAAGAAUGACGGAGUCAUUGUCUUAUUAAUUCAUUCAACUUCAAAAUCAAAAUAAUUGUUUCACCCUUCAGUUAUCUACGUGACAGCAAAACAAUGGCAUCUCGAAGGCGUCGGUCAAGGGCCGAAGUGGAUGAUGACGAUAGUUCGGAAAAUCCUACACCAGCGCAGUCUGCGAAAAGAUCUCGCACAAUACAUUACGAAUCCGAGGAAGGAACCUCUAGACCCGAUACUUCGCCAUCCUCUAGAGACGAAGAUGACAGACGAAAGGUCGGAAGCAUUUCUGACUCUCCCACAAUCACAUCGGGACGCGGCAAAUUCGCUCCAGGAGCUAUAGUUCGGGUUAAGCUCAACAAUUUUGUUACUUACGAGAGUGCUGAGUUUUUUCCAGGUCCAAAUUUGAAUAUGGUGAUUGGUCCAAAUGGUACGGGCAAGAGUUCCUUGGUUUGUGCCCUCUGCUUGGGUUUGGGUUCUUCACCAAAAAACCUCGGCCGGGCAGAUAAAGUCGGUGAAUUUGUCAAACAUGGUUCAAAGGAUGCUUUCAUCGAAAUCGAGCUCCAAAAAAGAAGCAACGAGCGUGAGAAUCAUAUCAUCAAAACUCGAAUCCUUAAAGAUGGGAAUAAUUGUGAAUUUUGGAUAAGCAACAAAAGAGCAAGCCAUAAAAAUGUUCUAGCUUUGGUCAACGGGUUCAGCAUUCAGAUCGAUAAUCUUUGUCAGUUCUUACCACAGGACAAGGUGUCCGAGUUUGCAGCAUUGACACCUGUCGAACUCCUCCAUCAUACACAAAGGGCAGUUGCUGCACAAGAGAUGUUGGACUGGCAUGAUGAACUCAAGAAUCUGAGAAAAGAGGAGAAAUCGAGGCAAAUGCAGCUCGACCUAGAUAAGGAACAAUUGGCCAAUCUAGAAAAACGACAGGCAGGGCUGCGUCCGGAAAUGGAACGUCUCGAAGAGCGAAUUCAGAUCGAGAAGAACUUAGAGAAGCUGAAGAAUAGUAUUCCCUUUGUGGAGUACAGACAGGCACGUCUUCGACAUAAGGAAUUUAGGGAUGAGAAGAUAGCAGCAACAAAACGAUUUCGUACUUUGGAGGGCCAGGUCGAACCGACUUUGCGGCUAGUUAACAAGAAGGAUUCGCUGGAGAAGAAUUUAGCCAAGGUCGUUUCCAACCGAAAGAAGAACCUUCAACUUGCGGAAGCAGCUGCAGAUGAGCUUUUGAAGAAAGUCGAGGAAUGGGAUGACAAAAUAGGUGAUUGCGAUCGGAGAGUAAAAGUUGUUCAGGAUGCAGAGGAUAAACGCAAGAAAGAUUUAGCAAAGGUUAGAAGGGCCAUAAUUGACCUCGAAGCCCGACUUCGAGAACCUGAAAUAGAGUUCAAUGCUGCUGAGUACAAUCAGCGCAUUGUGAGUAUCCGACCCAUUGAUUCCUGCGUAGCAAUUACUGAUUUUCCCCUUAGAGAGCAGUUGAGCAGGAUAUCAAGGCCAUCCAAGCCAGGAUUCAAGAGCUUCAAGAAAGCCGAGAAGUACUCAGAGCCAAAGGUCGAGACCUGCGAGCCGAACAAGACAGAGCGAAGCAGGAUCUCGCUGACUUCGACAGUCAAGCUGGAAGACAAAUUAACAAGAUUGCCCAGCAUUCCAGAGAUACUGCUAUUGCUUGGAAGUGGGUUCAGGACAACCCGAACAAGUUUGAGAAGGAGGUAUACGGGCCCCCCUUGAUUACAUGUUCUGUGAAGGACCCAAGGUAUACCGAUGCUGUUGAAUCAUUGUUUCGUCAGAGCAAUAUGCUCACUAUCACCGCACAAACUCAAGCUGAUUACAAGCUAUUAAAUGAUCAAUUUCACUCUGCAGAAAUGAGGUUGGCCGAAGUCAGGACCCAGAUGAGCACCCAGACCCUGGCUGAGACUAUUGGACGGCCGUCAGCUACUAUUGCCGAACUGAACAGUAUAGGUCUUGAUGGUUGGGCUAUUGAUUUCAUUGAUGCCCCAGAGCCAGUUCUUGCAAUGUUGUGCAAUGAUAUUAGAGCUCAUAGGACGGCCGUCACCCUCCAAGAUGUCACUGAGGAACAGCAUGAAAGGAUUAUCCGUGCUGGGAUCACAUCUUUCGUGACGAAAACCACCACCUACAAGAUCACGACGCGAAGAGAAUACAACGCAUCAUCAACCCAAACUUCCGGAAUCAAUCGAGCCAGGUUUUUCAUUGAUGGUGUUGUAGACACUUCGGGGCGGCGUAUGAUCGAAGAAAACCUCCAAGAACUCGGCCGAAAAUUCGAGGCCCUGAAGAAGGAGAACGAGGACAUAAGUGAUAAGAUCGAGCAGUAUUCGAUUACUAUGGCCCCGAAAAAAGAUGAAAAGGUAUGCGAGCAACGAUUUUGAUGUCAGGGGACAUUACUAACGAGACUCCGGAAACAGGACGCAAUUAUAGCCGAGAAACAACAAAAGCAAAAGGCUUAUGGUGAACAAAGAGCUCUUCCUGGACUGCUUGGUGAGUGGUAGAUUUACGAAUAUACUUGAGCAUGUAUUAACAUAGUGACAGCUCGAGAGAAGGAGUCUUUGGAGAGAUUGGAAUCAUCUAGCUCUGAAUCUAGGGCCGAGAUUCAAUUAAUUCUAAAAGAGCAAGACGUUGCUGGCCUCAAGAAAGGGGGGGAUGUGAUGAAACAUAUCGAGCAGAUCGAUCAGAUUAUGGCUUGCUCCGAAGGACUUGACGAAGCCGAAGCUCGACGUAUUGAAGCGGAUUCGGAUACCCACGCUUUACGAGAGCGCAAUCGUGAUAUCGUCGCAAACCUUGACGCUGAACGUACACGUUUACAGGAAAUCGAAGCACAAUCAAAGCUGGCAACUGAAACGGCACGGAUUGCGCUCGAUGCUUGCAAACAGCUCAGAAGGGAGGCUGAGGAGAGAAAUGACAUUGAGUCUUUAGAAUACUUCAGCAAUAUCUCCGAGGAUAGAACCGUGGAAAGUCUACAGCAGGAAAUAAACAGCGAGGAACAUAAACUAAACUAUAUUCAAGCUAAUAAUCCGAAUGCCAUUCGGGAGUACGAAAAACGCCAGGUUGACAUCAGCCGAUUAAACACCAGGAUCACUGGUACGGAGAGUGAACUCGGGGACGUUGCGCAGAAGGUUACUCAGAUCAUGAGGAAAUGGGAGCCAAAACUUGAUGCACUUAUUGAGCAAAUUAGUCAGGCAUUCUCGCAUAAUUUUGAGCAAAUUGGUUGUGCUGGUGAAGUUGGUGUGUAUAAAGAAGACGAUUUCGAAAAAUGGGCGAUUGAGAUUAAGGUCAAGUUCAGGUAUAGUUCCAUUGCCUUGAUUCUCACAGCAAGUCCAUUCAACUAACAUCAUACCAGGGAAAAUGAGACCCUUCAGCUUCUUGACAAGCAUCGCCAAUCGGGAGGUGAACGUUCCGUCUCCACGAUUUUCUACCUCAUGUCUUUACAAUCGCUUGCUCGCUCCCCUUUUCGCGUUGUUGAUGAGAUCAAUCAAGGAAUGGAUCCUCGUAAUGAACGAAUGGUGCACGGACGUAUGGUCGAGAUCGCAUGUCAGGAACACGAUAGCCAAUAUUUCCUCAUCACGCCAAAACUACUUCAUGAUUUGAAAUAUCAUCCAAGAAUGAAGGUUCUGGUUAUUGUGAGUGGUGAACAUAUGCCAGAUGAUCAUACGAAUUUCAGUGUAAAAGGUACGCUGGAGACCAGGAGACGUAUGAGGGGUAUUGCCGCUGCGUAGGUAUUCACAUAUAGCAUUGGAGUUAUGGAUAGGGGCUGUUGGUAGGGCCGGUGUUAUGGUGUGCUGGUGUACCGAGAGGAUCUUUGCUACAUCCUAUUUAUUGUGCUUUAUGAUGUUAUGAUACCCGGGGGACAAGGAAGGUAUUAUGUCUAUGGAUGGAUCAUUCUCGCACGGAUUUUGGUUGAUGACGAAAGCAUCCAAGUUUACAUCUACCGCAAUGUAAAUUCUCAUUUCACCUGAGCCCAUAUCGUUCAAUUAUGUAAUCUAGUUUAGUCCUCGUAAUGUAUUCAAAGCACCA